GGGAGAGGGGUGGAUGUGUGGGUUCACACCUGAGCCGUGGGGAGAUGUGUGUGUGUGCUGACACUCCAGCUGCGGGCAGAGCUGGGAAGGUGUGUGUGUGUGUGUGGGGGGGGGGGGUGCUCACACCACAGCCGCGGGCAGAGCCCGGGAGCCGCACGCUCUCAGCGCUCACCCAACGCUUCUAUGUAAGCUGGGCACCGCGACGCCUCUCGUGCAAGCCACGCAGCCGCCGGCAGGAGGCGGGUCUCUCGCGCCCCCCCCCGCCACCCACCAACGGCUCGCGCGCGCCGGCCGGCUGUUGGCGGGCUCCCGACGCUCGCGGGGGCGAUGACCGUGGCGCCACGCCGCCUCCUCCGUACUCUCCUCGGCUCGCCUUCCGCGAUGGGAGACUCGGCCUCCCGGCUGCCCAGCAGAGCGGAGGCCCUGCCCGGCCGGAGCCAGAGCAUCCGGGUCUCAGCUAAACACCAUGUCAAUGGAAACAGAACAGUGGAACCUUUCCCAGAGGGAACACAGAUGGUUUUAUUUGGUAUGGGAUGUUUCUGGGGAGCAGAGAGAAAGUUUUGGAUACAGAAAGGAGUCUACUCCACUCAAGUGGGUUAUGCAGGAGGGUGUACCCCAAAUCCCACCUAUGAAGAGGUUUGUUCAGGGAAAACUGGCCAUACAGAAGCGGUGCGAGUAGUGUAUCAGCCAGAAAACAUCAGAUUUCAGAAACUGCUCAAGGUCUUCUGGGAGAAUCAUGACCCGACACAAGGAAUGCGGCAAGGUAAUGACUUUGGCACACAGUAUCGCUCAGCCAUCUACACGUUCUCUCAGGAACAGAUGGAAGCUGCUCUGAGAUCUAAAGAGGAUUAUCAAAAGGUAUUGACAGAGAGUGGUUUUGACACAAUCACAACAGAAAUCCGUGAGGCUCCGGAGUUUUAUUAUGCUGAAGAUUACCAUCAACAGUAUCUAAGCAAGAACCCCCGUGGCUAUUGUGGACUUGGGGGCACUGGGGUAUCCUGUCCUGUUAGUAUUAAAAAAUAAUCUGUGCACGCACUACUGCACCAACAUUGUAUUAUGUUUCUGCUAGAAACAUAAAGUAAAGCAACUUGACGUGUUAUCUGAUGAUUACUCCCUGGGAAAUUCUUUGCCAAAAAACUAAAAAUUCUUUGCACAAUAUUUUACAGUUCUGCAAAAUUCUGCAUAUUUUAGUUGUCAAAAGAACACAAUAUAAUCACGCCUGUUCCAAUUAUUUUGGUAAUUUAUUUCAAAAUACCUGCCAGCAAGUAUGUCUGUAACAAUACAGACAACAAAAAGAUUCAGGAAAUGUUUUUUGACAAAUCGAUUCCUUACUAGGCAUAUUAAUAAAGAACUUGAUGUAUCUUUGUUGACAGUUAUAUUCUGGUUCAGUGAAAUUAUAUAUUUAAUUUAAAAAGAGUCAUUAUACAAAUGUAUGUUACACAAAUUAUUGUAACCACCUGGCCAAAGCGGGCAUUAGCAUCCUUAGGGACAGUUUUGUGUCGGUCUGUCUGUCAUGUCUUGUCCAAGUUCAAGCUUCUAUGGGUAUUGUAAGAUUUUUGGGUCACACCACUGUAGCAGGAGGGGGUUAGUGAGCUAGCAGAGUUUAGUUGCAGAGUAGUGGGUGGUUAGCAUGGGGAAGGGAGACCUAGGGUAGAAUGUGGGUGUCAGGGCGAGUGUGUUUUUACGUACGGGGCGUGGGGGUUUGUGUUUGUGUGGGUUGGGUCACGUACAUAGUUUGCCAGACAACACCCCUUCAUCUCCAGAGGUAGUAUGCACGCCCCCCCUCCAGGUACAGGCGGGAGCGCUGGGGGGAUGUGGGAGCGAAGGAGGGCAGGUUCAGGCUGGCAGGGAGUAUAAGGGGGGGGCAGCACCACUAGUGUCAGAUGCAUGUGGAGUGGAGUUUAAGUGAAGAGUGCUCAUGUGCGUGUGAAGACAAACACACUCUACCCUCAGUCUCCCUUCCCCAGGCUAACCACCCACUGUACUACAACUAAACUCCGCUAGUUCACUAACCCCCUCCCGCUACAGUAGUAUGACCCAAAAGCCUUACAAUACACAUAGAAGACGUUACGUGUGUACAUAACUAAUACAUUUUAAACAUGCAAAACUGGAAAAAGGAAGCAUUUUGGUGGAAAUCACAAAUUCUGUGUGACAAAAAUAAAAUUGUGCGGAGAACAUUAAUUCUGCCCAAAUUCUGCAUUGCUCAGUGGCACAGAAUUCCAACAGGAGUAUGUGAUGUUCCCCUCUGGUGUUAUCUGGACCAGUGAUCUGCUAGGCCUCUCCAAUCCUUGACUCUGGAAGCCAGCCCUACCCUGCUCUGCUGUGAGAACCCCCAGCUACUUACAAGCGAAUGACACUAGCCAAUACCUCCGGUCCCAGACACCACCCUGGGAACCUCUGUCUUGCAGUGUCCAGUUAUACCCGCUGGACGCUGCAAGCUUAUAUAAGUUCAUCAAUUUAGCAAAGAAAUUGAUAUGUACCAGGCUUGUUCUCCCCAGGGGAGUCUCUGACACACUGUAAACCAAAUGCACUGCUUCAGGUAGAAUAAACAAACAGGUUUAUUAACUAUAAAGGUAGAUUUAAGUGAUUAUAAAUCAAAGCAUAACAGGUCAGAUUUGGUCAAAUGAAAUAAAAACAAAAUGCAUUCUAAGCUGAUCUUAACACUUUCAAUGUCCUUACAGACUUAGAUGCUUCUCACGACAGGCUGGCUACUCUUCAGCCAGGCUCUCCCCUUUGAUCAGCUCUUCAGUCACUUGAUGGUGGUGGUGUCUGUAGAUGUAGGUGGAAGAGAGAGAGAGCAUGGCAAAAUGUCUCUCCCUUUUAUCAUGUCCUUCCUUUCCGCUUGGUUUUGCCCCCACCCUCGCACCCUUUCAGAGUCAGGUGAGCAUUACCUCAUCGCAGUCCCAAACUGACCAAAGGAAAGGGGUGACUCCCUCAAGGGUCUAACAGAUUCUUUUGUUGCUGCCUAAGCCAGCGUCCAUUGUUCCUGUGAGGCUGGGCUGGGUUUGUCCCAUCCAUGCCCUGAUGAGGUGUGAACUGCCCCUCUGUUCUUGGAGAGUUUUUGCAUGGGCUUGCUUUAAGCCAUGAGGAUACAUUUUCAGCCUCAUAACUAUAUACAUGAAAUUAUAAACCUCACUAUAACAUGACUGUAACAAUUACCAUAACAUCACUAUAACAACAAUAUUCAGUGCAUCACGAGCCUUCCGAAGACACCCAACAGGACAAACUUGGCAUUGGAUACCACACAGUCAUUUUAUAAAGAUGACCAUGGGGGUGCAGGGUGUUCCCCCAAAGUACAGAGCAUCACCGAGUAUACUACACUAAUGCAGCACUAUUACACCAAAAUUUGUGCAGCAAUGAAGGAACAGCAUUUUGUACAUUGAGUGCGUGGCGUUCCUUGAUUUCACAUUUGCGAAAGGUCAAAGUUGUUUCUGAAAUUGCGCCUCAUGCCAUGGCUGGAAAUGCAGUUGCCCAAUUUGUGCACUUAAAUAAGUAUACAUGCAAUCUUGCGGUUGUUAAUUUCAGGAGAAAGAUUUUCGGAAGUUUGGCCCAGUGUAUUGUAAUAGGAGUAUAGAAUCACAGAAUAACAGAGUUGGAAGGGACCUCUGGAGGCCAUCUAGUCCAACCCCCUGCCCAGAGCAGGACCUAUCCCAACUAAAUCAUCCCAGCCAGGGCCAGAGUAAAUAGGGGGUGUGCCUGGACUACCAGCUGCUUUUUGUAACUCAUGUUAAUGUUUGUUGUCUUAAUCUGAUGAACUCGAUAGGCUUCAGCAUGAAAAUGCAGAGCUUUGAUUUCUAGAAAGUAUUCUAGGGGUUAUUUUAACAAUAGUAGCUGCGCUUUGAUGUCUUUGGUGGGGUGGGGAAUUUAAUCUCUCACAGUUCCACGUUCACAGCAAUAUACAUUAUUACCUGGAGUGCCCAUUUCCUGAAACAAUUUUAGUUAAAAAAAAAAAAAGUAUAAUGUAAGGGGUUUUUUUUUUUUCCUACUGGGCCAAAAAGUGUGUAAAUACAAAAAGAUUCCGCUUGGCUUCCUGCACUAUGAUAGAGCACAUCACGGGUGUUUUGUGAACUGAAAUAUAUGACAGGUUAGAUCUGAAAAAUGUCGCAAACAUAAUAAAAGGCU